UAGCUAUGGGAAUGAUGACAGAAUACUAUCACUAUAUCUUUACCACACUGGACCUGUUUGCUUUAGAUGUGGAACCAUAUCGGUAUAGUGGAGUUAAUAUGACAGGAUUCAGAAUUUUAAACACGGAAAAUAGCCAAGUGUCAUCUAUCAUUGAAAAGUGGUCUAUGGAGCGAUUGCAAGCACCUCCUAAACCUGAUUCAGGUUUGCUGGAUGGAUUUAUGACGGUAUGAAUAUCAGUGUUUAGUUACUUUUUUUGUAUAUGCUUGUGAAUAUAUCUCCAAUCAUCCCAAUUUUUAAUUUCUGUGACUAUACAUUUUUUUGAGGCAUGGGGCCAAAUAUUAUUGUGAUUAUUAUUUAGGCAAUAACUGGGGUUUUAUUUUAAUAUUCUACAGGCUGAAAACAUAUUAUUGGUGAAAAUAAUUACAUACUAUUGGUGUAGCAUCAUGUCAAAUCCCAGCCAAAAUGGAGCUAAAUCACAUUGUCUCUUUCUUUGUAUUUUGUCUUAUUCAUUUAGGUAGCUCUUUAAUAAUGCUUUUUA